UGAGAGAAAGUUAACUGUAGUGCGUGCCCGUUACCGCGAGACGCCGCGCUCAGUCCGCGCCGGCCCGCCUCGCGACCCGCCGUCCGCGCACGCGCCGCCAUGCUGUGCUCGACCUCCGACACAAACAUAACAGAAAGUGACAGUGUUCAAUAACAAAGCCUAUCCAGGACCUCGUGUACAGUGUGUGUAGUGAUCAGCCGGCGAGUCCCGGCCCUCGGGUCACAGUGUCACAGUGCUUCGCCCGGAACAAAGGAUCAUUGCUAUGACGUUUUCUGGAAACAUGAAGGAGAGUAAACCGCGACCCGUCAAAGAUGCAUGGGAGUCGGAGCUGGGUUACGGGUGGACCCGCAACGGCAACCAGCGUUGUGUGCGGCACCGAGCACCGGAGUCGACGCUGUCGGUGAGCAGUGACAUCAGGUUCACGCGGCGCAAGCUCAGCAGACCCUGCCGAGGCUGCUGCGCUGCCCUCGCCUCGCUGCUCGUGCUCCUGCUACUAGCUGCCGUCGCCGUCUACUUUGGACACAUGUACCUGUUCGGCGAUCCCCUUAACCGUCAAACGUUCCGGGGCUCGUUCGUAGUGAGCUCGUGGGGAGACGAAGGCGGGGGCGAAAAGGUCAACGACCUUGAACCCCGUGCCAACCGGACCCGUGAAAAUGAACUCCAGCAGGCGCUAUACAAUUUAUAUGCAAACUCUGAACUGAGAUCCUGUUUUGUUUCUGCAGAUAUACUCGCUUUAGACAGCUCAGAAGAAGGUAUUCGCGUACAUUUCGAGGUAUCAUUCGAGCCGAUCUUUACCGCGGUGAGCACUGCAGAGGUGACGGCCGUGUUGGCGCGCGAGCUGGCUGCGCCUACGACUCACCUCAGCAAAAUAACCACGCUGCCGGAGACGCUACAUAUUGAGGAGAACUCAGUAAUAUCAUCCUUGGAACUGAAGGAGACCGAAACAACGCUAAUAGAGGCUCCGACAACCGAAGCCGUGACUCCAGAUGCUGUGGAAGAGGUCCGAGAGUGCUCGCCAGUAACACUGUCCUUGUGUUCACACCUGCCUUACAACACCACGACGUACCCUAACCUCGUGGGCCACACGUCAAAGGACGCCCUCAUGCGAGACCUCGUCGCGUUCAGAGAACUGCUUGACGCUGAGUGCUCUCAUCUUGCACAGGAUUUUGUAUGUCAAAUGCUGCAGCCUCGAUGCUCUGACGAGCGUCUAGUUCGGCCGUGUCGUGCUUACUGCCGCGCAUUCCACGCUGGUUGUGGGGCGCGCCUACCAGACCGACUCCGACCGCAUUUUGAUUGUGCACGGUUCCCAGACUACUUCGGCAAAGGAUCCUGUGCUCCUGAACCAGAAUGCUCAAGAGGCCUUCAGCGACUCGCACUAUCGCGCCGAGAGUGCGAUGGCAUUCCCGACUGCGCAGGCGCAGAAGACGAGCGUAGUUGCUCGCAUUGCUCCGCGGCGGGCGCGGGCGGUUUGCGGUGUGCGUUGCAAACGCGUUGCCUACCCGCACAUUUGCGCUGCGAUGGAACGCCCGACUGCCCUGACGGGAGUGACGAAGCUGGAUGUCUAUGGAUCACUCGCUCCCUUGCAUCGUGGAGACGAGAGAACAGCGAAUCAACGCUGGGCGCAGUGCGCAGCCGCAGCGGGUACGCGGUGUGGGCGGAGCGCGGCCGCGACGGCAAGAUCUGCGCCGCGCCACACGAGCACGACAAGCGUGCGCUCACCAGCGUCGCCGCUUCGCUCUGCAAGGCGCUCACCUUCAAGGCCUCAUUAAGCGCAGAAGUAGUACCAGAUGCGGAAGAGGGAGAGACGGAUGAAGAGCGAGAUCCGAAGAAAGAAAAACCACAAUACGUCGAAAUAGUAGAUCCCUUCGCUCCAGAAAUAUCGUUUGUUAAAAGUGAAUGCCCUGAACGAAAAGUUGUAAGAGUUGUCUGUGAUAAUUUGGAAUGUGGUGUGACGUCUGCUCGCGGUAUCGGCGCGGGCUCGGGCGUGGAGGGCCUGCCUCGCUCGGCGCGGCCGGGGGACUGGCCGUGGCACGCCUCGCUAUUGCGUACACAUGUGCACGCCUGCGACGCCGCGCUCAUUCACCCCUCCUGGCUCGUCACUACUGCCUCCUGCUUCCAAGGACAGCCAAAAGCUGAAUGGACUGCGAGAUUUGGUACAGUGCGAAUACAAAGCACUACACCUUGGCAACAAGAAAGGCGAAUAGUUGGCAUGGUGCGUUCUCCUAUCGAAGGCAGUAUGCUAGCAUUAGUGCGGUUAGAGGAACCAGUGGAAAUGACGGAUUUCGUAAGGCCCAUAUGUUUGCCAGACAAUGGCGCAGAACCAGCUAGUCGAAAUAUUUGCAACACCUUAGGUUGGACCAGAAACAAAGACCAACUACAAAGGGUCCAAGUAGUGACUAGUCCCAUGAGCACGUGCGAAAAUGUGAGCAUUGCCAUUGUAAAUGGAAUCUGUGCUGAACCAUUAUAUGACCAGGAUGACUGUGAUGAGGAGGAGUAUGCAGGCAAUUCAAUGAUGUGCUUCAAUGAGAAGACAAAGCAAUGGUCAUUGGAAGGAGUCAGUGGAUGGCGUAUCGCUUGUACAAAAAUUGGUUUAGGACGCCCUCGCAUUUAUGAUUCCAUUAGUUCUCAUGUCGACUGGAUACGACGAACAAUAUCGAAUUCAGCAAGAUGACCUGAAGGAGGUACAAAAAUUUAACAUUUGUAAAGACUGCAGUAAUGUUUUGGUUGUAUAGUUUCUUUCUUAAACAGAUAGAUGCAUACACAUUAGAAAACUAAAAGAUAUUGGCAGAAAUCUGUUUUUAUCAUUUUUUUUAAAUGAAGUUUAAUAUUGUUGGGGUAGGAAUAAAAUGUAACUAAGAAUUUUAGAAUAUUUUUAUAGUCAGUAUCUACAUGUUGCACUGGUUUCUGUGUAAUUUCUAAUGUGAUAAAUAUUACACAUCAUAUUAACAAUACUCAAUACAUUGAGACCAAGAUGAUUUCAUUAUUUGCUGUAAUAAUAAUUGUUUGUAACAAAGUGUAAGUUGUUAGUAACUAUGUAUAAUAUUUGUUUAUAAGGUGAAAAUAAGUUGUUAAUCUAAUUUCUAUAAAAUGAUCUUUAAGUGCCUAUUUUAUUGUAGUUUUUAUAAAAUUUUAAGAUAAUUUAUUGAAUAUAAAAGUUAAUUGUUACAAUUAAAGUACCUAUUGUAAAUAUUAUUAUAAGAGUGGAGCCAAAAUUUAUAGCUAGUUAUAAUAAAAUUUAUAAACAAU